AUGAUGCUCACAGAAAUGAAACCAGCUUACGACAUCACUCAGCGACGAAACUUCGGCAUGCCGCGGAGGACUUUCCAAGUUCUAACACUCAACGGUCUCACAACUGUUGCAGUCCACGACGAUGUGUCCGUGGGAGAUACUUUGAAAAAAUGCAACCGUCUGCGCGGCGUUGAUUUCGAGAAAGUGAACAUCAUCGAGCCUACCACUGGCAAGUAUAUCGACCUGGACGAUGAGUCAUCCCUCUUCGUCAACUGCCUCCUCCUCUUUCAAUCCGAGGACUCUUCCUACCUCUCCAAAACCGACCAGCACAAUUUCCGACGCAAGAACAUCGAGACGCGCCACAAGAACUGCCACCAAUGCCACGCCAGUAUUUGGUUUCGCCGCCCUUGGCACUGCCGCUCCUGCGGCGUGCUCGUCUGCAAACAUUGUAGAAAGUCGGGCGCAGUGAAUCAAUGUGAACACUCGCAAGGGGUGCAGCAGUCAUUUGCCUCCCACUUCUCCCGAUUCCGCUCAAAAACGCCUCUUCUCGACACUUCUCACUGA